AUGCGCAAUCUGUAUCUCCGGUCCAACCACCCGAACCCCGCUUCCCCUUCCCCAGAGCCUAGUGCGCAUUCGCAGGGCGCCCGGCUGCGUGCUCCCAGCGUCCCUCGCGCGUUGCGCAGGAACCGUCUUAGAAGCCAGCAGCGUACCGGGAGCAAUAUGGCUGCGUCGGCGGCUGCAUCCCUUCAGGUAGUGGAGAUGGAGGGGGUGGAAGCAGCCGUCUCUGGGCCCGUGGGGCUGGGAGUGGAAGGCAUGGGCAUCAGUGGCAGCGUGGCCGCAGAGGCCGGGCUCGGGGCUGGGCUUGCUUCCAUGGCGGAGGUGGUCGGCGGGGAGCCAGGCCCGGAAUCGGAGGAUUUCGAGUGCAGCACGCACUGCUCGGAGCUGUCGUGGCGGCAGAACGAGCAGCGGCGCCAGGGCCUCUUCUGCGACAUCACUCUGUGCUUCGGUGGCGCCGGCGGCCGCGAAUUCCGCGCCCACCGCUCCGUGCUGGCCGCCGCCACCGAGUACUUCACGCCCCUGCUCUCAGGCCAGUUCUCCGAGUCCCGCUCCGGCCGUGUGGAGAUGCGAAAGUGGAGCUCGGAACCCGGGCCUGAGCCCGACACGGUGGAGGCUGUCAUCGAGUACAUGUACACCGGCCGUAUCCGCGUCAGCACCGGCAGCGUCCACGAGGUCUUGGAGCUGGCCGACAGGUUCUUACUGAUUCGUUUAAAGGAAUUUUGUGGAGAAUUUCUCAAGAAAAAACUGAAUCUCUCAAAUUGUGUGGCAAUCCAUAGUUUAGCUCAUAUGUACACCCUAAGCCAACUUGCUCUGAAAGCUGCUGAUAUGAUAAGGAGGAAUUUCUAUAAAGUGAUCCAGGAUGAAGAGUUCUACACUUUACCUUUUCAUCUCAUUCGGGACUGGCUUUCAGACUUGGAAAUUACAGUUGAUUCAGAAGAGGUUCUCUUUGAAACCGUUUUGAAGUGGGUUCAAAGAAAUGCUGAAGAGAGAGAGCGAUACUUUGAAGAACUUUUUAAAUUGCUUAGAUUAUCCCAAAUGAAACCUACUUAUCUUACACGGCAUGUCAAAUCAGAAAGACUGGUAUCCAUUAAUGAAGUUUGCGUCAAAUUAGUUUCUGAUGCUGUAGAAAGCCAUGCUUUAAGAGCAGAGAAUUUACAGUCUGGCAAUUUGCAGCAUUCAGUGUCCCCUGUUGGAUUAUUGCCACGAUAUGGGCAAAACAUGGAUGUGAUUAUGGUAAUUGGUGGUGUAUCAGAAGGAGGUGACUACUUGAGUGAAUGUGUGGGAUAUUUUAUUGAUGAAGACAGGUGGGUAAACCUACCACAUAUUCAUAAUCACUUGGAUGGACAUGCUGUUGCAGUGACAGAAUCUUACAUAUAUGUUGCUGGGUCAAUGGAACCAGGAUUUGCCAAAACAGUGGAAAGAUAUAAUCCAAAUAGAAACAUGUGGGAGCAAGUUUGUAAUUUAAUGACAAGAAAACAUUCUUUUGGUCUCACGGAAGUGAAAGGAAAGCUGUAUAGUAUUGGAGGACAUGGCAACUUCAGUCCUGGUUUUAAAGAUGUAACUGUAUAUAAUCCUGAGCAAGAUAAAUGGCACAACUUGGAGUCAGCACCAAAGAUUCUGCGUGAUGUUAAAGCAGUCACCAUAGAAGAAAGAUUUGUGUACAUUGCUGCUCGUACUCCUGUGGACAGUGACAGUGAAGAUGGAUUAAGGGCCAUCAUUACCCGCUAUGACACAGAGACUCGGCAGUGGCAAGAUGUGGACUCCUUGCCACUUAUUGACAAUUACUGCUUUUUCCAGAUGUCUGUAGCCAGUACAAACUUUUACCACACAGCCUCAUGCUGUCCAAAGAGUUAUCCUAUGGAUAAUGAAGAGGCGAAGAGAAAAAUCUCUGGCCGGGUAUCUGAUGAGAUCCUUGAAAGCUUACCUCCAGAAGUCCUUAGCAUAGAAGGAGCAGCGAUUUGCUAUUAUAAAGAUGAUGUUUUCAUCAUCGGGGGUUGGAAAAACAGUGAUGAUAUUGACAAGCAAUAUCGAAAAGAAGCCUAUCGUUACUGUGCUGAGAGAAAGAGGUGGAUGCUCCUUCCUCCCAUGCCACAACCUCGUUGUAGGGCAACUGCUUGCCAUGUGAGAAUCCCCUACAGGUGCUUGCAUGGUAGCCAGAGGUACCCCAUGCCCCAAAAUUUAAUGUGGCAGAAAGACAGAAUACGACAGAUGCAAGAAAUCCAUCGACAUGCACUAAGUUUGCGAAGGAUACCACGCUCUCAGAUUGAAUGCUAG